UAAAACAACAGGUGAUUUGAAAUAUUUGUCUUAUACAGUGAUUAAAUAUGUUGCAAUUUUAUUCACGUAAAAAAGUAAACAGCAUUUAACCUUUAUUUCAUCUAGGGUCACACUGUCAUCAUCAUUUUAGGCUUUGUGAUAAAAUGGAGUAUUUUCUUAUAUCGGUUUUACCAUUUGUGACGGGAAUAGUUGGUUAUUAUCACGAGAGUUCCUUUUCCACGAGAGAUAUCUCCAAGUGUAAGACUAUUUACAUGUGUCCAACGUUUUGCUAUAAACUAGUAAGGGGUUGUUUCACAUGUAAAUGUGAUGAAUCGACAACGGAGUACAUGGUAGGAGCUAUGGCUAAGAUGAAGGAUGAUUACAAACCCUUAAAGCAGACUGGAGGUGAAUACUCACUUAAACAGAUGACCAAUGGCGGGACAGCAUCAGGCACGUGGUCUAACAAUAAUAUGAUUACUGGAAUGGGAAGCUUAUCGGGGUUUUAUUCUUUUGGUGGCAGAGGUGAAAUGAAAUCGCCCUCUUCAAUGCUUCAAAACAGUGGUAUGAACAAUGCGAAGACGAUGUCAAGUUUUAACGGCAUCAGCCAACCUCAGCACUCUUCCUUUUUCCAGCCAUCACAGCAAAUGUUGCCCGGUCAGUGCCCACUGAUGGACUAUUCGUGCCCGUCGGCGUGUUGGUUCACAGACACAUCGUCUGGAUGCAUUACGUGUGCAUGCAAAGUUGGACCACUGAAGGUAACAGAAAAACAAAAGAGUUUACCAACGACAAAUGAACUAACAACGUUACCAACCACAAAUGAACCAACAACGUUACCAACGACAAAUUUAAAUGGCAACCAACAAACACCCAAUAAAUGGAUACUACCUACUGCUUCUCAACAGACAUCGAUAGAGACAACAGAACACCAUACAACGUUACCUGUGAACAACAAAGCUACAGAACAAAAUGGAAUACUAUCAAAAGGUCAAAAUCGGAGAGUGUGUCUACCAAUCGAAGAUAGCUGUCCCCUACAUUGUCUGAACUUUGACCGCCACACAUUUUGUGCUUUGUGUGAAUGUCCACAGACAACAACAACACCAACAACAGCAGUAGCAACAACAUCGGCAACAACAACAAAAACAACACCAUUGACAACAAUAUCGACAACAACUCAUCCAUCAACAACUGAUUCGUCACAAAAUAAGGCUCCCACAUGUCAACCACUGCACAAGUCUUGUCCCACCGAGUGUAGAACAUACGAUACACAAACGUACUGUCCAGUCUGUAGAUGUCAGAUGACAACACCACCACCGGUACCAACAACUGACAGAUGUGUUUCUCUGCCAGUGGAUUGUAGAACCCAAUGUGUGAAGCUAGGAGUAAAUGGUUGUCCUGUUUGUCAGUGUCCUAACGUCACUAUAGACUCAAACACUUCCGAUGUUAAUAACACAACAGAUUUGAAAUGUCCACCUAUAAACCGUAAUUGUCAGAAGGAAUGCAUUACUUAUGAUCCCAAUUCUUUCUGUCCACUUUGCCAAUGCAACACAAAAGAGGAGGACAAGACGCAGAUCUGAGUUUUUUGAAUUAGUACAAUAUACCUCGAGAUUUAGAUAUCUCUUUUUAUGUCAAAUUGUACGGACGCUGUAGAGAGAAG